UUGCCUUGGAGAGGGAGGGUGGGUGCGUUCCCGCAGCAACAGGGAAGAUGGCAGCUCUCACAUCUCUCACCCAGUUGUCAAGUGGGAACCCUGUAUAUGAGAACUUUUACAGACAGGUGGACCCUGGGAAUACAGGGAAAGUGGGACCAACAGAAGCUGCCUUGUUCUUAAAAAAGUCUGGACUCCCUGACAUUACAUUGGGAAAGGUCUGGGAUUUGGCCGAUCCCGAUGGCAAAGGCCAUCUGGACAAACAGGGGUUUUACGUAGCUCUGCGGUUGGUGGCCUGCGCUCAGAGCGGUCAGGAAGUCAGUCUGUCCAGCCUCAACCUCACAGUCCCUCCACCCAAGUUUAAGGACACCAGCAGUCCGUCGCUAAGCAGCACAGUUUCUGCAUCCGGCGAAUUACACUGGGCUGUCAGGCCCGAGGAGAAGAGUAAAUUUGAUGGGAUCUUUGAGAGUUUGGUUCCAGUCAAUGGCCUGCUGUCAGGAGAGAAGGUCAAACCAGUCCUAAUCAACUCCAAGCUACCUCUGGAUGUCCUCGGGAAGGUUUGGGAUCUGAGUGACAUAGAUAAAGAUGGCCACCUGGACAGAGAUGAGUUUGCAGUGGCCAUGCACUUAGUGUACCGGGCCCUUGAGAAGGAGCCUGUUCCUGCACUCCUUCCCUCUGCACUCAUCCCUCCAUCUAAGAGGAAGAAGAGUCUGGUCUCAGUGGCUGGCUCUGUGCCUGGAAUACCUGCAAGCCCCCCACCACCAAAAGACUCGCUACGCUCCACACCCUCCCACGGCAGCAUGAACUCACUCAACAGCACCGGCAGCCUGUCGCCCAAACAUACACUCAAGUCUGGACAGCAUUCACUGAACUGGGUGGUUCCAGUGUCAGACCGUGGUCGCUAUGACGACAUCUUCCUGAAGACAGACGCUGAUCUGGACGGUUUUGUCAGCGGACAUGAAGUAAAAGACAUCUUCAUGCAGUCUGGACUUUCUCAGAACGUCCUGGCCCAUAUAUGGGCUCUGGCAGACACGAGGCAGAUAGGCAAGCUGACCAGGGAGCAAUUUGGCCUGGCCAUGUAUCUCAUCCAGCAGAAAGUCAGCAAGGGCGUAGACCCUCCACAGGCCCUGACUGCCGACAUGAUCCCCCCGUCUGAGAGAGGCACUCCGGUACCAAGUUUGUCUGGAUACAUGACCCCCGUGGGAUCAGAGAUGGCUGCUCUGUCCGAGAUGAGACGGGCUAUAAUGUUGAAGUUGUGGGACAGCUCUAGUUCAGUGGGUUCGGGGGAGUUUACUGGGAUCAAGGAGUUGGACGACAUCAGCCAGGAGAUAGCCCAGUUGCAGAGCACUCUUGCCUUUACCCAGUGGAAUACUCUCAGGGAGAAGUACACUCUGGAGCAGGACAUAAGGGAGACAGAGGAGGCCAUCAGACACAAGAGUGCAGAGGUGCAGGAGAUGCAGAAUGACCUAGACAUAGAGACAGCCAGCCUGCAAGAACUAGAGGCUCAGAAACAAGAUGCCCAGGAGCGACUGGAAGAGAUGGACCAGCAAAAACAUAAAUUAGAGGACAUGCUGAACGAAGUCAGGAUGAAGUGCCAGGAAGAGUCUCAGAUGAUCUCGAGUCUCCAGAGUCAGAUACACUCCCAGGAGUCAGACUUGCAAAGCCAGGAGGAGGAGCUGAGCCGGGCAAAGGCUGACCUGGGCCGGCUGCAGCAGGAGGAGAACCAGCUGGAGCAGAGCCUGGCUGCCGGCAAGAUCCAACUGGAGACCAUCAUCAAGUCUCUGAAAGCCACGCAGGAUGAGAUCAACCAGGCUCGCAGUAAGUUGUCCCAGAUUCAGGACAGCCAACAGGAAGUGUCUAAAAGCAUUGAGCAGUACAACAGCACCUUGAACGGAACCCACGGAGGCAGUAUGACCAACCUCGCCGAUAUGAGUGAGGGCUUCAGUGACAGAGAGAACGGAGGAUUCCCAGCAAUGGUGAGAGCAGCACAGGAGGAUCCAUUCAAAGUGAAGCCAUCUGUGUUCAACAGCCAGCCUCAGGAACUUCACACUGACCCCUUCCACACUGAAGACCCCUUCAAAACAGACCCAUUCAAAGGUGACCCUUUUCAAAAUGACCCUUUUGCAAAGCCACCAUCAACAUCCACAGAUCCUUUUGGAGGCGACCCGUUCAAAGAGACAGAUCCGUUCAAGGCUUCGUCAGAAGAUUUCUUCAAGAAGACCACAAAGAUGGAUCCCUUCUCCACACCGGACCCCUUCAGUAAAAGUGCCACGUUACCUUCCAAGCAAACCAGUCACUUUACAAGCAAUGACCCAUUCUCCUCAAGCAACUCAAAGCCCAAAGGACCAGACCUGUUUGGCACGUUGGACCCCUUUGGCAGCAGUUCGUUCAACAGCAGCAGUAACAGCUCUGCUGGGUUUGCAGACUUCAGUCUCAUGUCGAAGCCCAGAGGCCCUUUUGAAGGCAGAGCUGGCUGGCUGCCAGACUACGAUAAGUCGAUGUUUGUGGACGACCCAUUCAGCAGGAAGAACGACAUGCCAGCUCUGCCACCGAAGAAAAGUGUUCCCCCAAGGCCCAUACCCCCCAGUGGUAAGAGUACUCCAGUGACCAUGUCUGGCACAGCUGAUCCUUCCAAACCAUGUGACCCCUUCCAGCCAUUUGGCGGUGAAGCCAUCGACCCGUUUCAGAGUAAAAAAGGCCCGGGAGACCCUUUUAGCGGCAAAGACCCUUUCGCCCCAUCCUCAGCAUCAAGACCUGACAAAGCCAAGUUUGGGAAUGAGGCUCAGCAGUUGGAGUGGGCGAAGCGAGAGAGUGAGCGAGCAGAGCGCGAGCGACUGAAGAGGCUCAGGCAGCAGGAGCAGGAAGACUUGGAGCUCGCCAUCGCCCUCAGCAAGGCCGAGAUGUCCAACGCGUGACCUGGAACCCCCUGACGCGUUGACCGGCUAACAUGCAGACAAAACAUGACUGACACCUAAUAUAUAGACAGAAGGCACAUCACUAGACUUAUUCUCAAGUGUUCAUACAAACUCAUACACACAAAACACACACACACACACACACACAAACACACACACAAGUCUUGCAUCUCCGCUAAUUACUUUCCCUCACGCGCAAUGACUCAACAAAUGGAACCGAAAGAUCUUCCAGGCAAGUCUCUCCGCUAACCUAGCAUUUAAAAAAACAGGACAACAAAGCUGAGGGAAGCCGGGAACUCAUUACUGCAUAAGUCUCCCGUUGAUGUGAAGAGACAGAGGACUGAAGGAUGAAAAAGGCGAAGAGGAGGAAGAGGCAAGAGGGGCCUGAUGGAAACAAACGGAUGCACUGUGUAUAUGGACUAUAGUGGCUGGACAGUGACGUGACGGAUCCAUUCACUGGGCUCAGCAGACUAGCCAAUAGAACACCUCAACAGUUUGAAUUUCAACGUGUUGUUUUUGUUCUCCAGCUUCACUCACAAUGUGGCGGAAUGACAUGCUAACUGCACUGUUGCUAUCAGUAGCAACAAGCAGCUGUGAAGAACAAUUACACUACAAUUCAAACUGCCAAGGUAUUUCUUAAAAGGUAUUUUUUUUCCUGCUCUAUAGGGGUGACAUGGAUAUAUCACUGGUAUAAGGUAUAACUGUGUCUGUAAGUGUUUAGUGUUGAGUUGUUUUGCGAGUAAGAAAAUACAGAAUGAGGUGUUACAUAAGUAUUGAGUUUAUAGAGAGGCGUAUAGAGAAGACUGGAUUUGAUUGUCCUCAGGAUUGAGAAUUUUCAAUUUACAAUUUUUCUUUUCUCGGUUUAUUAUUUUUCUCAGGAAGUUCUGUCACUAACCAAGUCUUGGUUAAGAAGUGAAAAGUUCAAUAUUAGUGCUUUUACUUCUGCUGGAGGCAAAAUGAUGUAAACUACUAAGAAUGAAAUUGAUAUUCUCAGCCGACUCUGGUUGAGUCAAAGCAUAUUUCUCCAAAUAUUGGGUUUCCUUUUAAUUUGAUACCACGCAAGGGUCUACCAUGGGAGUAGAGACUUUGCCGUAAAGUGGGGCCUGCUUUUUGCCCUGAGUGCUUUCUUUCAGGUUUGAAAGCGAGGCACUCCCCUUCUCUGGCUCCUCCUCUGUGAAAAAAGACAACUUCUAACCAACAUGAGUCAAAUAUGUUUCACUCUUGUCACACUAUGCGAGGGAAGGAAAAACAACUCCUCUUCUACUGCGUUGAACAAAAAAACUGAUAAAGAUCCAUUACACUGUUUCCCUCUAAUGUGACAAAUACCUGACAGUGAAAAUAACAGUCUCACAUGUCAACAUAUCCUUUAAGUGACAGCAACAAAUUGUACAGAUAUAUUUUCUUUGUCCCCGAGUGUGAGAUUGUACUGUGAUGCCCUGCAGUACUCUCUCUCCCUCUCUCCUGUGUACAUAGAUACCCAUAGCUAACUAUGCCUCCUCUCGACAGCUGUACUCUGAUCCGGAUGCUGUGAUGUCACACCGCAUUCAACAAAUGAAAAGGCAAGAUGAGGGAAUUCAUUUUUCAAUAUUUGACCUUGUCUUUUCUUUUUAAAGAAUGAGGAUUUUAACACAGUAGGUUCUUAUUUUACAAGCUGGUUAUUAUUUUUAUUGUCUUGACAAUGUUUUUGUUUUAAAAGAACAUAGUUGCUUUGUGUUUGGAAAAGGUUUGGAACUGGCUGCAAACAGGUGUCAGGCUGAAAAAUGGAAAUAGUUUUUUAAAAAAGUGCUAUUUCUGAUGCGUCUUAGUUUAGUUUCAAUGUGGACUUAACCACUCACCUUGUUUCUCUAAGAGUUGUCCCUUUUACUUGAAGUGGUGGCGGAUGUUUGAGUGAGACAGACUGAAGUUGACUCUGGGGUUUGAUUUCAUGUGGACUUCAAAGCAGAACUUAUUUUCUGAAGGCUUUCUGUUUGACUCAGAGCCCCUCUGUUGUAGUUUCAAAUAUCAUGUUGUGUUUCUAUAUCUGCGAGUCUGUAUUUGCUGUGUGUCCAUGACCAAUCAUAUGCUUCAGUCAGUGUUUUGUCACAUGCAUGUCCUGCAGUGGGAUUCUGCUCGGAACACAUAUGUGCUUCUAAAUGUUACUAUAAGGGAUUACGUAUGGAGUUUCUCAUUUUCUUUACCAUAACUUUGUAAUGAGUGGAAGAAAGAAGUGUUACACUUGUCUUAGCAUAGCUUGUUGACAUUGUAAGGCAAUGUUCUCACUCUGCGUCUUUUUUGAAGUUGCCAGCAUCUGUUUUACAUCAUAAUCCUGUGGAGUAAACCGUGUCUUUUUUUCUGAAGCUCGGAGCGUCUUUUUGGAGGUGAAAAACGCCUUACGUUUAGUCAUUUUUUGACAGUUGACCAAUAACAAGCGGAGUAGCCAGACCCGUCGUUUCCCUAACAACAGAAAAUGAUGUCAGAGCACAGCGAGUUGUAAUAUAUGAAUGGGUGCUCCCUGUACUGGGAACUUGCUUUGUUUUAUCUAACAUUAGCAACGCUCCACAUAGCACUCUAGGAUACUGUAGCAGUAGCUGUUGUUAUAGCAACAAAAGACGCUCGCAGCUGCUUUUUGGAACGAAAACACUGCCAGCUUUUUUUUU